UAUACCGUCCAUAAUUAAUUGUCUAAUUUAUUUCAACAUAACCUCACUUGUUUGUCAACAUAACCUAAUUUUCAUUUUCAAAAAAGUCUCAUUCCCAAGUUCCACUUUAUGAUCCAGUUGCGGGUACCAAAAGAGAAUGGAUUCGAACACACACGAAAGCGAUGCAUCAUCUUCAGAGGACGAUAAUGAGAUCGUGGCAACCUUUCCAGUUGCGAUGUGGGACUUCAACCAGUGCGAUCCUCGAAAGUGUUCCGGUAGAAAACUGGCACGUUUACGUCUGGUUAAAAAUCUCAAAAUCAAACAACGAUUCCCGGGCAUUGUCCUCACCCCGACCGCCACCAAAUGCCUAAGCCCCGAUGACAAAGAAAUAAUGCUCGGCAAAGGUCUGGCGGUGGUGGAUUGCUCUUGGGCUCGCAUCGACGAGACUCCACUCGCCGCACUGAACCCGAAAUACGGACGAUUACUUCCCUUUCUAGUUGCCGCCAAUCCGAUUAAUUACGGAAGACCGUGCCAGUUGAGCUGUGUGGAGGCAUUGUCCGCUGCGAUGUAUAUUGUGGGACUAAAAGAAUUGGCUCGGAGUUAUCUGUCGAAGUUUUCGUGGGGCCAUUCCUUUUGCGAAUUAAACGAUGAAAUACUGAAUAGGUAUGCCGCCUGUAGUAAUAGCCAAGAAAUUUUAUCAACGCAACAGGACUAUAUUUUAAAAGAGCAGCAACAGCAGGAAAAAGAUCGCAAUGCUUUACCAGAUUAUCCUCCUUCAGAUACAUCGUCAGAUGAAGAAUGCUAGUAUAGGUGCACUGUAUAUAGACACAGCAAUAAUUAUAUAAAAGAUAAGUAAA